AUGCCUGUUCUCCAUAUUCCGCGUUGUCAAGAAUGCGGGUUUAAAAUAGAUGAUGAGUCGAUUCGAACGUUAAAAUUGAUUCCGUUUGAAAUACUAGAAACAGCAAAAGCUGGUGAACAAAUUGGUAAAAUACCUAUAACUAUUACUUCAAACUCUACAAAUUCAGAAAAUAAGUUGUCGUGUAGUCCUGAAGAAAUAAAGUGUCAUUUAGAAAAUGAAUCAGUAGUAGUAACUUUGGCUAAAGAUGUUGUCCAUUAUCCUGAUAAAUCAAAGAUUACAUUGAGCUGUAACUUGCAAUGUAAAUCAGAAGACAAUCAGGAUUUAGAAUAUCUGUUUCAUGUUAAAAUUAAAGAUGUAAACAAUAAUCAUCCUACAUUUGGAAAGAAAGUUUAUGAAUUUAAUGUACUAGAAUUGACUCCUAUUAAUAAAGAAGUAAAUUCAGAAUUAAUUACUGUUCAUGAUGAUGAUUUUGAAAUGAAAAAUUCACAAAUUGUUGUAUCAAUAAUUAACAAUGAUGAUGGGGUAUUUGAACUUAUGCAACAUCCUUCUUCUGCUCACAACAAGAAGAAUUUUUACAUUAUCUUAAAAAAACGACUAAAUUAUAACAAAAAGUCUUGUUAUGAAUUAAAGUUGUUUGCAGNCAUGUAA